AUGGCUUCUACAUCGUUAUUCCCUUCUGCUUCUAGGAAAGAACUUGUGAAGGAAUAUGUGGGUAAAUCACUACAUGAGGUACCUUGCCCUGCAGUUGUACUUGACAUAUCAAAGUUGAAGAAGAAUUGUGCUGCUAUGCUUGAGACAGUAGAGUCUUUACAAUGCGGCUGGAGAGCCCAUAUCAAAACCCAUAAGACAACCGAAUUGACGAGGUUACAAGUCGGGGAUGGAACUGGACCAGUCAACAUCGUCGUUUCAACGAUAGUAGAGGCAGAAAAUAUUGUCCCUCUACUCCUAGAAUACAAGAAUAAGGGAAGAGCUGUCAAUGUACUAUAUAGCUUUCCUCUCACCUCAAGCGCAGUCGACCGAUUAUCAAGAGUUUCCAUAGCUCUUGGACCUAACGGUCUAUCCGUCAUGAUUGAUCACCCAUCCCAGCUUAGCUCUGUCGCCGCCAUUCAUGCCAAGACAAGCAUAGCCCCUCUUAUUUUCAUCAAGAUUGACAUGGGAGGCCACAGAGCUGGUGUCAUUCCCGGUACAGAUAUCUGCUCUCAACUAAUCGCCUCCGUCAUAUCCUUGGCCAAUCGCGAUGCAUGUAUCCUUCAUGGACUGUACUCGCAUGCCGGACACUCCUAUUCCUCAAACUCUCAAACCGUAGCCCUCGACUAUCUUCGCCAAGAAUUUGAAGCCCUCCUCAUUACCUCUGGAGAGGUUCACUCGGCAGCUGGUACUGUAUUUCCCCUCACGCUUUCUGUAGGGGCUACUCCAACUUCUAGUGCCAUUCGCAACCUUCUCCUCCCUUCUACUUCCUCUGAAGGAUCGGAUGAAAUUUCAGCUCUAAAGGCUACCAUGAGAGCCAUUCGUGAUGUAGGCUGUGAGAUUGAAAUUCACGCUGGAGUGUACCCAAUGCUUGACAUGCAGCAAUUAGCUACCCACGCCUUGCCUGAAGAAAUACUUAGCUGGUCUUCCGUAGCCAUCACAGUGCUAGCAGAAAUCACCUCGCUCUACCCUUCCCGAGGCGCGGCAGGUUCUCCCGAAGCCCUCAUCACAGCCGGUUCUCUCGCACUUGGCCGCGAACCGUGUAAGGCUUAUUCCGGCUGGGGAAUCGUCUCACCAUGGAACCGCGAUUCUUUUGCUUUGCCCAACACAGGUCCUGAAGGUUAUUCUGGCGUAAAAAUGACUCGGAACUCUCCAUUGGUCAAAAAGUCCGUAUCUGGCCUAACCACGCAUGCAUCGCCGGAGCCGGAUAUGGCUGGUAUUUAA